GUUCCCUACAAUAAUUUCUAUCAUCCAUCUUCCUCUCUUCCUGAAAAAAUCUUGUGUGAAUUGAAUUCCAUCAUCUCCUUUUUAUUGAAUUCCAAGCCAGAGUUCUUUCUCUUUUAGUUUUGAUAUUUUUGGCACACACUAGAAAUGGUGGAGUUCAAGAACAUCAUGAAGAGAAUGUGGAUGUUUAGUCUCUGAUCUUUCCUUUCUUCAAUCCCUUCAAAUUUUUCUCCUUUUGCGUAAUGGAAGGUAUGUUCAUCAUCAUCAUAAUCAACAAACAAAGCAACAUAGCAGGUUCUUCAGAAAGGUUCCAUCUCCACAAACUCUCUUUUUGGUUUGCACCAACCACUCGUCCACCUGGUUUCCUCAAGUGACAACAACUAAACUAGUCUUCUCUACAAAGAUUCAAGUCAAUGGUUUACUCCUUUUAUAACUCCAAUGAUUUUUCUUCCCCCGGCUACGAUGUUUCGAGGUUGAUUAGUCCUUCUUUGCAUGACUAUGGAGCUUCCUAUGGUGUUUUGGAACCAUCACAUGCAUUGAUUUUGGAGAGUGAAAAGAUAGAGCAAGUGAAUAAUGGAUCAGAAGAUGCAAGGGUAGGAAAGAAUUAUGAGAACUCUGAUGCAAAAGCCUUGGCUGCUUUGAAGAAUCACAGUGAAGCUGAGAGGAGGAGGAGGGAGAGAAUCAAUGGUCAUCUUGCAACUCUACGAGGUCUUGUUUCCUCCACUGACAAGAUGGACAAAGCAACAAUAUUAGCAAAAGUCGUUAGCCAAGUGAAGGAAUUGCAGAGGAAUGCAAUGGAAGCAAGUAAAGGUCUUCUAAUCCCAACAGAUUUUGAUGAAGUUGAAGUUGAACCAUAUGAAGAUCAUAGAUCCAUGUCAUACAAGGCAUCCAUCUGCUGCGAUUACCGGCCGGAGAUUCUCUUCGACCUGCGACACACACUUGAUGCCCUUGAACUGCAACUGGUGAGGGCAGAGACAUCAACCUUAGAAGGAAGAAUGAAAAAUGUGUUUGUGUAUAGAUGUUGCAAAGGGAAAGGUGACAAUAAUAACACCGAGGCAUGUCAAGCUCUUGCGAGAAAUGUUCAAAAGGCACUGAGUCGUGUAAUAGAUAAGGCUUCUAAUGCACUUGAGUACUCACUCAGAGCUUCACUUCCAUGUAAGAGGAGAAGAAUCUGCUUGCUCGAGAAUUGAAUCAUUCACUUCAUUUCACCAUCCAACCAUGAAUCUUUUCGUGUUCAUUAGCAUGCUGUAUUAUAUCAUAUUAAUUUCUUUUUUGGGCAUGUUAUUUGGAUUUAAUGCCCUACGUAUAAAUAAGUGUUUGGUCUUUGGUGUUUAA